AUGCUUUCUCUUAUAUCCCUCGCGUUGCUGGCCAGCACUACCUACGGCAGCGAUCUCGUUGCAGAGGUCCAAGAUGGCCGCUUCACCUUCUACGAGAUGCCCACGCCUCUUGCUGGACCUUGCGAUUUGGCGUACAAUCCCGUCGAUGGCAACCUCUACGGCGAGCAGCAGUUGAUCAAUCAGCUCUUCAUGAUCAAUCCCAGGACUGGUCGUGUUACUGAGUACCCCAUCCCUUUCACCACGGGUGCUUCCAAUGCCACCCUUCCUACUCUGCUGCCUUCACCGGUGGGCGAUCGUCUUGCUCUCUCUUGUGCCAUUCGCGAUGGUGCCGACGGCAAUAUCUACGCUAGCAAUGGCCUCAGGAAUCAACUUGUCCAGCUCAACACCCGCACCAAGAGAAUCAGGAUCUUCCAAAACCCACCCAACCCAUUAGGAAACCUCUUCCCCUUCAACGACCUUUACACCGACAAGACCGGGAUGUGGGUAACUCAAACCACAGGCAACCUCCUGCAGUACUUCCGCUACCGCACCGAGACAUUCGAAAACUACGUGAUGCCAACACCUCUCGUCCUCCCACUAGGAGUCUUCGUCGCCUCGGACGGCAUCGUCUAUGGCUGCGAAGUCCUCGGCAACGCCAUCUUCACCUUCGAUCCCAAGACUAAGACCUUCCGCGAGUACGCCCUUCCACUGCCUCUCCAGACCCCCGCCGUCGUCCGCUCCGAGAAGAACGGCUGGGUCUACUUCACCCUCCUCACUGGCCGUGGCAUGGGCCGCAUCAACAUGCGCAGCAAGAAGAUCGAGCUCUACCCUGUCACCAUCCUUCCCGGCUUCGGCUCCGUCACGACAGGACCUACAGACAACGGCCGCGGCGGCGUGUGGAUGAGUUUCUUCGCCAACACGGAUGCCUUUGCGAGGUUCGACGAUAGGACGUUGACGUACUCGUAUGUGAGGAUUCCGGAUGCAUUUGAUAGGUUUCUCGAGGAGGUGCCCGGGUUGAAUUUGGACCUGCCGACGGCGGCGAACAUUGCAGUGAACUAUAAGCCUGGAGAGGCGCUUUGGUUUGGCAGUUUUACGAGAAAUGUAGUGGGGAGGUAUUCGUUGCGGAGGGGCGAGUAA